AUGGGAUUCCUUGUAGUGCUGUGYGCUUGGCUGCUCUYCUGGGGCUGCCGGGCGGCGCCGGAGCGGCUGCGCUAUGCGAUUCCCGAGGAAAUGRGCAGYGGMUMCGUGGUGGGGCCGCURGCGCGGGACCUGGGACUGARCCCGGCAGAYCUGCCCGCACGGCAGCUGCGGAUCAGCUCGGAGAAGCACUACUUCGCGGUGAGCGCGGACACGGGGCACCUGUACGUGARCGAGCGYCUGGACCGSGAGGAGAUGUGCGGSGACUCGGCGUCCUGCUCGGUCAGUCUCGAGGCGGUSGURCAGAACCCRCUCAAYGUUUUCCACGUCGACGUGGACAUCCAGGAYAUCAAYGACAACGCGCCGCGCUUCYUGCAAGAKAACAUCCACUUCGAGAUCAACGARUUWACUUCUCCYGGAGCCCGRUUUCACYUGGGAAAUGCYAUUGAUCCGGACGUSGGWCAGAAUUCUCUUCAGGGMUACGAGCUGGAAGACAACGCSUACUUCGUAGUGGAAGUGAARGAGAACCWGGACGGCAAGAAGUUCGCCGAGCUCGUGCUGCGCCGUGCGCUGGACCGCGAGAGCGAGCAGAGGCUUCAGCUUGUCCUGACGGCGGUGGAUGGCGGCGAGCCGCGYCGCAGCGGCACCGCCCAAGUCUGGAUUAACGUCACCGACGCCAACGACAACGCGCCCGUUUUCGCGCAGGACCGCUACCAGGCGAGUCUGUUCGAGGAUCGCUUCUCCGUGGGCGGCGCCGCCUUCCCGGCCGACUUCUGCGAGGGCACCUUGCCCUACUCGUACAACCUGUGCGUGGCGCCGGCACGCGCCGUGGCCGAGUGCGCUUUGGUGCCGGCGCCGCUGCCCAGCCGCGCCGUCGACGAUCUUCUCAGCGGGGACGCGCCCGCCAUGCUCACGCCCGGCAGCACUUGUGCCCCAGCAGAGCCGUCCUCGGACCCCGACGCCCUUCAGGCCAUGAGAGGGUCGCCAGGRCGAGCGCUGCUGUGGUGCGCCUUGGUGGCCGUGUGGAAGCUGUCGUGCGGGCAGCUGCGCUACUCGGUGCCCGARGAGAUGCCGAAGGGCUCCUUCGUGGGCGACGUGGCCAARGACCUGGGACUGGAAYCRUUUGAGCUCCRCGAYAGYRGAGUCCGCAUCGUAGAMAAAGGUAGGCGKGAAUAUUUUGAAGUGAAUGCRAARACSGGMCRUUUAGUGACRGCGGAACGSAUAGACAGGGAACAAGYCUGCMAAGCGGCRGAUGAGUGUGUGCUGCRCUGYGAGGUGAUAGURGAGGGCGAAAUGAAGGUUUAUGCRAUCGAAGUGSAAGUGARAGAYAUWAACGACAACGCGCCSGUUUUCAAGGAAGUGCAGCUGGAGSMAAUAAUAAGCGAGACAACAGCCGUGGGGUCGCGGUUCCCCUUGCGCCGGGCGCAGGACCCGGACAUUGGGAGCAAUUCCCUGCAGCGUUACGAAUUGAGUGGAGACGAACACUUCUCCCUGGCYGUCCAGACAGGAACCGAUGGGGAGARACGUCCCGAGCUGGUGCUGGAGAAGGCGYUGGACCGCGAGGAARCGGCRUUUYACGAGCUGCUGCUGACRGCGGUGGACGGYGGSGAUCCACCACGGACGGGCACAGCGCGAAUCCGUGUGGUCGUGUUGGACGCGAACGACAACGCGCCRGUGUUCAGYCAGKCRGUGUACACGGUGCGUGUGCGGGAGGAUGUGCSSGUUGGKUCRCGGCUGCUYASCGUSAACGCSACGGAUGCCGACGAYGGGAUGAACGGAGARGUGAWUUWUUYGUUUGAAAAGAUUUCRGUGAAAGCAUCUGAAAUAUUUCAGYUGGACAAGGAAACGGGAGCGAUCACGCUSKUAAAGAGYCUGGACUUCGAAGAAGRUGACUCUUAUGAACUGGAGRUUCAAGYGAAGGAYGGUGGGGGCCUUUCGRACACGGCGAAAGUCKMMAUCRCAGUGASWGAYGUGAAYGACAACGCGCCCGAAMUGACRGUCACGUCGUCGCURAGYGCGGUGCCGGAGGACUCUCCRKCKGGGACGGURGUGGCCCUGCUGCACGUGCAAGACCGCGAUUCGGGGGCAAACGGGGAGGUGAGGUGCUCCCUGGACGCGGGGCUGCCCUUCCGUCUGCGCAGCUCGCUGGRCAACUAYUACAGCGUKGAGACGWCGAGRSARCUGGACCGCGAGGCGGUGUCGGAGUACAACGUGACGGUGCGGGCGACGGACGGCGGGUCGCCGGCGCUGUGGAGCAGCGCGGUGCUGCCGCUGCGCGUGCUGGACGUGAACGACAACGCGCCAGUGUUCGCGGAGGCGCGCUACAGCGCCCGUGUGCCCGAGAACAGGUAUUUUGCACUCGAACAACAGAGGCGGAAGGACGGAAUACAUUUCGGAAUACUGCAGAAGGAGAGGCAGAGGCGCUCGAUGGGAACCCUUGCAGGGCUGCUGUGCGUUUGGCUGCUCUCCUGGGGCUGCCGGGCGGCGCCGGAGCGGCUGCGCUAUGCRAUUCCCGAGGAAACGGGCAGAGGUUCCGUGGUGGGGCCGCUGGCGCGRGACCUGGGACUAAACCCGGCAGAUCUGCCCCGACGGCAGCUGCGGCUGGUCUCGGCGGCAGGAAGGCAGCUGAAAUACUUCUCGGUGAGCGCGGACACGGGGCACCUGUACGUGAACGAGCGCCUGGACCGCGAGGAGAUGUGCGGCGACUCGGGGUCCUGCUCGGUCAGUCUCGAGGCGGUCGUACAGAACCCGCUCAAUGUUUUCCACGUCGACGUGGAUAUCCAGGACAUCAACGACAACGCGCCGCGCUUCCUGCAAGAGAACAUCCACUUAGAGAUCAACGAGUUUACUUCUCCAGGAGCCCGGUUUCACUUGGGAAAUGCCAUUGAUCCGGACGUGGGUCAAAACUCUCUUCAGGGCUACGAGCUGGAAGACAACGCGUACUUCGUAGUGGAAGUGAAAGAGAACCAGGACGGCAAGAAGUUCGCCGAGCUCGUGCUGCGCCGUGCGCUGGACCGCGAGAGCGAGCAGAGGCUUCAGCUUGUCCUGACGGCGGUGGAUGGCGGCGAGCCGCGYCGCAGCGGCACCGCCCAAGUCUGGAUUAACGUCACCGACGCCAACGACAACGCGCCCGUUUUCGCGCAGGACCGCUACCAGGCGAGUCUGUUCGAGGAUGCACCGCUGGGAGCCUCCGUGCUGCAAGUCUCCGCCUCUGACAGCGACGACGGCACCAACGCCUAUAUCACCUACAGCUUCAACAAGGCGACAGCCAAGGUGCUUCGGCAMUUCGGUYUACAUGCAGAGACGGGGAUGAUCACGCUGAAGGAGGCCCUGGACUUCGAAGAAACGAGGAGCUACACUYUGCUAGUAGAGGCGAGGGACGGGGGUGGGCUGCUCGUGGUGCUGGUGAAGGACCACGGGCAGCCGGCGCUGUCGGCCACGGCCACGCUGCACGUGGUGCUGGCCGAGAGCUUGCAGGAGGCGCUGCCGGCGCUGAGCGAGCGCGCGGCGGGCGCCGAGGCGCCGUCGGACUUGCAGUUCUACCUGGUGCUGGCGCUCGCGCUGCUCUGCGCCUUGCUGGUGCUGAGCGUGGCGCUGGCCGUGGCGGCGCGGCUGCGGCGCGCCGGGCCGCCCGCCGUGCUGCGCUGCCUGCGCGCCGAGCGCUUCUCCGUGGGCGGCGCCGCCUUCCCGGCCGACUUCUGCGAGGGCACCUUGCCCUACUCGUACAACCUGUGCGUGGCGCCGGCACGCGCCGUGGCCGAGUGCGCUUUGGUGCCGGCGCCGCUGCCCAGCCGCGCCGUCGACGACCUUCUCAGCGGGGACGCGCCCGCCAUGCUCACGCCCGGCAGCAGCUGUGUCCCAGCAGAGCCGCCCGCGGAUCUCGAUGCCGUGCAGGUCUGUAAGAUCGUCUUCUGCGUGCUUUCGGUGUUCUGUUAUAAUCCCUGUUCCUUCGUUUAUAAUUUUGAUAAUCUUCAGUAA